AUGGCAACGCUCCAGGUGCGCGGUGCCGACUACUCGGCGACACGGCAAAAAGCCUACGACGAUGCCAUCAAGAUGCAGGAGGCCGUGACCGAGGAGUGCACCAAGGCCGGCAAAGAAGUGCCGCCGUACCAGCUGCAAGAACUCAUCGGCAAGGGCAGCUACGGUCGCGUGUACAAGGCCAAGGACCUCAAGACGUCGCAGCUGGUCGCCGUCAAGAUCAUCGACAUUGAGGAGUCCGACACGUUGGACCCCAAGCGCGCCGACACGUACAGCGAGUUCUUGAAAGAGAUCAGCGCGCUCAAGCUGCUGCGCGACGGCGGCUCCAAGAACGUCAACUACUUUCUGGAUGCGCUCCCCGUCGCCCAGGCCAUGUGGAUGAUCACAGAGUAUUGUGCAGGCGGCAGCGUGGCCACGCUGAUGCGGCCGACCGCGCCCGGCGGCCUGCAAGAGAAGUGGAUCAUCCCGAUCCUGCGCGAAGUGGCCGAGGCCAUCUACUGGGUGCACCGCCAGGGCAUCAUCCACCGCGACAUCAAGUGCGCCAACGUGCUGGUCACCGAGGCCGGGGGCGUGCAGCUGUGUGAUUUCGGUGUCGCUGGUGUCAUUGAGACCAAGUUCGACAAGCGCUCGACCGUCAUCGGCACGCCGCACUGGAUGGCGCCCGAGAUGUUUGACCAGUCGGCGUCGUACGGCACCGAGGUCGACAUCUGGGCGUUUGGGUCCAUGGUCUUUGAGAUUGCGUCGGGGCUGCCGCCCAACGUUGUCGCCGGCGUCACCUACCACCAGCUCGGCAACUACCUAAAGACACACACGCCGCGCCUCGAGGGUGACAAGUACUCGCCGCAGCUGAAGGACCUCGUGGCGUUUUGUUUGGCCGACGACCCGACCCAGCGGCCGCCCAUUGAGCGCGUGCAGCGGCACCCGUACAUCUUUGGUACCUCGGGCAUGUACCCGACCGACACGCUGGCGAUGCUGGUCAAGGGGUACAAGAUGUGGGAGUCGCAGGGCGGCACGCGCAAGUCGCUUUUUGCGCCCGGUGGCGCGCAGGGCCCUUCCAUGGACAACCUCGCGUCGACCGCGCUGGCCAACGACGAGUGGAACUUUAGCACGACGCUUGACUUUGACCGCAGCGUCUUGGACAACCCCGACUCGCAGGCCGUGUACGACGUUUACGGCACGCAGGUCGACUAUGAGACCGGUCGCGGUGGCGACAGCAGCAGCAACGGCUUUGGAGGGUUUGAUGAUGGCCAUAGUGGCAGCACCGCCGGCGGCGGCAGCUUUUCCGGUGGCGCAACGCCACGGCCGUCACGGUUGAACGGUGGUCGUGGUCGGCGCCGGCAGCCGCCGCCAAACUUGCCCGUCGUGAAGGUGCCGCUCGAGAAAGUCUUUGACCCUGAUUCGAUUACAAAUUACGAAGAAAACUCCCGCGAAUACUACGGUGUUCCGCCACCACCGCCAACGGCUAGCGCCACGUCCACAGCCGCGUCCGCAUCCGACCUACCGUUGCGUGACGACUCCAUGCACUCAACAUUACGCGAGUCGCUCAUCGACCUUGAUGCGUCGCAGGUUGACCUCGGCGGCGAGCCGUCGCAAUUCGCCGACAUGGAGACCAUUCGCGCUGGCCCCGGUGCUGCGCCGCGGGUCUCCAUGGACUACAACUUUAGCUUUGGCGGCGGCAGCACCACGAACCACAGCAGCAACAGCAACAACAGCAGUAUUAUUAGUAUUGACGAGUCCGACUACAACCGCCCCCCACUGAGCGAUCCGGCCGAUCUGCCGAACAACCGGCGCACACAGGAGUGGAAGUUCCCGACGAUGGCCCCGCCGGCAUCUGCGAAUCCGGAAAUGGCCCGGUUCCCGUUUAACGAAGGCGAGACGCGGAGCGCUCGGGGUACACCGCCAGCGGGCAGUCGUGCCGGCAGCCGCAGCAGCAACAACAACAGCAACAACAACAGCAUCAGCAUGGCCCGGCCAGCGGUGCUCGUCCACCAACACACGGAUCCCGUGGGGCUCCCAUCGCAAGGCUACGAGACGACGUCGCAAGGGCAAGGGUACGACCUGAUGGUGCCACCACUGCAAGGCAGCAGCAACAACCGCAUGUCGGUGAGCAGCCUGAUCGAUCUGGACGAGAGUUUGCCGGACCCCAUGCCCGAGAUGACGCGGCCGUCGACGGCCAACUCGGAUGCUGUGUCGAUGACCGGUUCGGACGUGGGCAUGGCGAAUCCGUUUGACCUGGAGCGGCACUCGUCAAUCUACCAGCCGAUUAGCGCAACGAACCGCGAGCCCUCCAUCUACGUCUCGGACGACUCGGAGUUUGCGCACAUGGUGGCUGCAUCCGUCCCGGACGGGGGACCGAUGCAGCUGCAGCAAAACACAACCACGGGGUUGGGUCUCGGCCAAGGAUCGGCGCCGCCGCCGAGCUUUCACAUCAACGGGGUGCACGGCGGCAGCGGCAGCGGCAGUAGUAUUGGGACAGGCGAUCCCAACGACGAGGCCGACCGUCGUCAGCGACGGGCCAAUGAGGGCUACUUGCACGCCGGUGGCGGCUACAUGGGCGACGAGUAUUUGGAGCCGCGGUAUGCACCCGACGACCAGCCAUAUCAACAGAUGGGUGGCUCCUUCAAUGGAGGGUACCGUGGCGGCCGCGGCGGGUUUGGUGGCCGUGGCGGUCUCGGUGGACGCGGUGGGGGUGACCGCGGCGGCUCGCUUGGCCAGCGGAUGAACCGCUCAAACGCCUGGUCCGGCUCAGGAUCCGGUCCCGGCCCUCAGGUCGGCAUGGCCUAUAGCACCGACGGCCACAGCAACGGACACCGCCACGGCAGCAGCGAUGCGAGUGCCAAUGACUUUGCCGUCCAGCAAAGCAGCGGCGACAGCUCCAGCAUCGGCGACGGCUAUGGCGACGGGGAGUUUGUCGAUGCCGAGGAGUACGUCAGCGGCACCGAAACCGAACCCGACCCCGAUGCCGGUGGGUACGAUGACACUGGCGCUCUUGCGCAUCGCGACACGAUCCGCAACGGUAUGCGCGUGCUUGACGACUCAUUCUCGCUCCCGCCUCUGCCAGGGCCCCCCUCGCCCCAUGUCAUGCAGGGCCUGGGUUCGCGCGAGGAGGUGCGCGAUGAGAUGAAGCGCUUGCUCGACAGUUUCAAGCAGCACCUCAGCUUUACGAACACGUACGUGACAAGCCUUCCGGUGCGCCGGGCAGGCGUGGGCGGCGUGGGCGGCGUGGGCGGCAUGCUCCAAGACGCCCAGAUCGACGAGUGA